AUGUAUGUAUACACGAACAUGUACAUAUGUCAACAAGCUGUUGUGAUACGGAAAUACCAAGGGAGCUAACUUUGUAAGAACGGUAUGCGUGAGUGCUUGUCUAAAUGGAGAGCCAUCGAGAAGCAAAUGUAAAGUGAAAAGAAGAGGGUGUGAAAGAAAGAAAACAACAAACAUCUGAUUAUGUCUGCUAAAAUAUUCUGUUGAUAGAAUGGAGGAACUGUAUGAGUAUGUGAGACAGCUGAACCCAGACAAUUCCAAGGAUAUUCUCUAUGGAGAAACGCUGAUAUCAGAACAGCAAGAUGACCUUUUUGAUACUCUCAUCAAUGGAUUGGUUGAGAAACCAAGUGGUGUAGCUGAAGCCACUAAACUUGUCUACCUCUUACGGAAUGCAGGUCUGAAUAUCAAUCACCCAAAUACAAAAGAUGGAUCCAUUCCACUUUUGACAUACCUGCAAAAUGGGAAAGAAAUUGAUGCCACUUUUGUUGAGGCCUUGUUGCGGUGUAAUGCAGACGUGUAUGCUGUUAAUCAGGCGGGUAUCAAUGUCCUUGAUGAACUCACAAGAAGAAAAUCUACAUUGCAAAACAAUGUCAAAAAUGUAUUUGAAAAAUACAUGCCUGGGAUGUGGAAUGCUGUUGAAAAUGAUGAUUUGAUGAGUGUGCGACGUUUAGUUAAUCAGUGGUGCAGAACUGAUAUAGAGAAGAAUGGAAAAACUUUGGUACAACUUGCUAUUGAGCAUGGUGUUGAAAAUAUGGAUCGUUUAGUUAGUGAAAUAAAUCCAUCUAUGGAUUUGGCCCAUGGUGUGCUUGCUGAUGACAUAAUUCUUGUCAGUGAAGUUAUUGAAUCCAAAAAACCAGUGAAUAUGAAUUUUCGAAAUGGGGGUGACCGAGGAGCUACUCCACUCUAUUAUGCACUGUGUAAUAACAAUUCCAAAAUGACAGAUCUUCUUAUUGCUCAUGGAGCACGCCUAGAUACCAGUUUGUGUGAUGGAGAUGAUUUUGAUAUUCCUCUGCUCUUUGCUGUCCUCAUGAACUGCUCUACUUCUCCUAUAUCUCCUGAAUUGAUUGAAAAAACUAUACCAAAUAGACCUGAAAAUUUGUCUAAACUAUUCUAUCGUGGACAAAAUGUGAUCUUACAUUGUAUUGAUUACCUAGUGCCAAAGGAGAUUGUUGAAGUGAUUCUUAAAAAAGGUUGUGCCAACUUAAUUACUGCUAAAAAUAAGUUUAACCUGAACAGUCGGGAAUAUGCUGCUGAAUGUGACGCUACAGAUGUUGUUGAAGUAAUUGAUAGGACUGUGUUUCGGUGGUGUUUCGAAAGUAAAAAUGAUGCCAACUUCAAGUUGUUAGCAUUACAUGACUACCGCUACUUUGUGAUGCCAUUGGAGAACAAUCCUUCAGAAGAAAGUGAAGAUUCAUCUAGUCUUUCUCAGAAAUCCCCUACUCCAAAUAACUCAGCCUUUCAAAAUUUUAGCAGAUAUCAGGAGAAAAUCAAAUUAUUUGUUACUGCUGUUGUUGAAGGAAAUGUGGAGGAAGUAACUAACAACUUAAUUACUAAUGACCCAGAACUUUCUGCAUUUGAACCUUGCCUUGCUGGUGCCAGAUACAAGGGCGAUGGUCAACCUGUACUUCACAAGGCAGUUCUUAGAUGUUAUGUCCCAAUUGUAAGGACAUUAGUUCACACCCUUGUUUAUAAAAAUAAGCUAAGUCUUGACUCUUUAAGAGACCAGUUUUAUCGAACUGCUCUUCACUAUGCACACGGAAUGCCUGAAGAUAAUGAAAUGUCAAAUAUAUUGAUUGAUUAUGGAUGUUCUGAGUUCACUGUUGAUAAGGAUGGUCGUUCACCAUUGUCUUUCAAAGAUCGCAGAAACCAAAAGUCAAUGGCUGAUCUAUUGCAAUACCAAUUAAAGCAGAAUCUAGCGAUCCCAGAACCUAAUCCAUGGGCAUCCCCUCUUCCCCUGCCCAUCAUUGGAUACCUGAUGGACUGUCAAGAUGGCAAGCAUUUCCACAAAUUCCACAGUUCCAGAAUGAAAGCUCUGAGUUACACCUCUCCAAGCUCUGCCUCUCAGCUUGGCGCCAGCUUCUGUAGCAGCAGCAGCAGUAGUGGUGGUGGCGGCGGCAGUGGCGGUGGUGGCAGCGGUGCCGGUCGAAGCAGAAAUACAAUGAUAACCUCAACCUCCUCAUCUUGUGAGAGGAUGCUUGCCUAUCCUGCUGACUGGAGUCUGGAGAGCAGCGAUGAUGAUGACAGUGAGAUUAGCGAGAGAGAAUACGACGAAGUUUGGGAAGAUGAAAUUCAUGCACAAACUGAGAAAACAAGGAAAACUGAGACUGAAGGAAGAUGGAACUAUAUGGCAUCAUAUGCGUCAUAUGCAUCUCCUUAUUGUUCAAUAUUGUAAACACAAAAACAAAAGAGAAAAAUAUAACUCUCUCAAGCUUCUCUGUGUGAGAAGAGUCUGUUAUAAAGCUGUUUAGCAACUGAUCUGAGAAGGUUUGGGAUUAAGCUAGUGAAUGAGAUAUUGAUUAAGAAAACUGGACAGUAUUGUGUGAGUAGAUAAAGGAGAUUGACUAAAACUGCUAAAUCUAAAUGGCAGCAUAUAAUAAAAAAAAGAAUUCUUUUCAAAAUGGGGAAAAAAGUGACAAAGCGUAAAUAGCAAAUACAAUUAAGAUGAUGACAAGGA